AUGAAGAGGCCCCGUCGAACGGGCCCGCCGGCCUUGUACUACAAAUACGCCGACGACUUAAACCACGACGAUGCACAGGACGCGGAAGAAAGGUGGUAUGUCGUGCUUCGUGCGUUGGACUCCCACUGGAUCGAGUGCGAGAACGUGUAUCACUUGUACCGGGCAUUCCUCACAGGCUUCAUCUGCGACACAGAACGCCUGUGUCAGUGCAUGCCUGGCAUGGACGAGUCGAUUGUACUCGUGUCGGCCAUGGCACUACUGCUAGAAGAGUCCCAAGAGCAUACACGAGCUAUACACAUACCUCGCGGCCGGUUCAACCUCAUGGCACAAAGCUAUUCAACGUGCGCCUUCCACUUUCGCUUUAAGAAAAACGAGAUUCAGCAAUUGAAAGUGCUGCUGGAGAUUCCCGACCCGAUAAUCACGCCCCAGCGCUUCAACGCGAGCGCCGAAGAAGCCUUAUGCAUCCUGUUAAAUCGCUUUACGUGUUGA